AUGAAAGUUGCGAAGCGCGUUUUUCUUCUGCUCAGCUGCUGGACUCUGUUCUACCUGCAUCCCGUCCUCGGUUCCCUCAGCCGGAGCAGACCCGCGGACAGCCACCGGCUCGGAGAGGCGGCGGACGGAGAGCAGCCCCGGGGGAGGACCGGCGGAGCAGCCGGGGGGACGUGGAAACCGGCGCCGGUGCGGAUCACGAGAAUCCGCGCGGGUCCGCCGCUGAUUAAAGGCGAAACGGCCGCGAGCAAAAGCAAAGUCCCCGCAGGGAGCCGAGCCCAGCAGCACCGGGACAGGGCGCUGGGUUUGGGGCGCAAAGAGGCUGCGCGCUCCUGGCCGCCCGCCGGGGAUGCGCACGUUAAAGCUCCCGCGGCUUUGAGCGCACAUGCAGCCGGGAGAGGAGCCGGAGCCGCGGCUGCCGGAGGCGGAGGCUCGCCGGGGAAAAGUUUGGGGAAAGUUGCUACCAGAGCUGCUCCAGCGCGCCCCGGAGCUGCGCAAAGAGCCGCCGGAGCGCAAAAGCAGCAGAGCGCCGCUCCGGUGGCGCAGCGAGGAAACGGCGGCGGCGGCGGCAAGGCGCCGAGGCUGAGCGAGCGGGAGGCGCAGCAGAAGCAGCCGCUGGUGAUUCCUCACGACUACAUGCUGUCUCUGUACUGGUCUCUGAGCAGCGGAGAGCUGAACGGCAGCGCGCUGCACGAGGCGGGUCUGGCCAACACCGUCACCAGCUUCGUGGAUAAAGGACAAGAUGAUCGAGGGCCUCAGCUGCGACGCCAGAAGUUUCUCUUCAACAUCAGCUCUCUGGAGCGCGACGGGCUGCUGGGGGCGGAGCUUCGGAUCCUGAGGAAGCGCGUGUCGGAGCCUCGCAGGGCCGACGGAGGCUCCGCCCACCUGAAGCUGCUCACCUGCUCAGGUAAACAGAAGCCGACGCUGCUGCAGACGAGGACGCUGGAGGACGUGCAGGGCUUCGGCAGCCGGUGGGAGGUGUUCGACGUCUGGAAGCUGUUCAAGGCCUCCAGGCAGCCGCCGGAGCAGCAGCUGUGCCUGGAGCUGGAGGCCGUGGAGCUCCGCGGCGGUCGCCACGCCGACCUGCGCUCGCUGGGCUUCUCCCGCCUCGGCAGGACCAACAAGGAGAAGGCCUUCUUCCUGGCGUUUGGCCGCAGCAAGAAGCGCGACCUCUUCUACAACGAGAUCAAGGCUCGGUCCGGCCACGACAACAAAACCGUCUACGAGUAUCUGUUCACGCAGCGCCGGAUGCGACGAGCUCCUGCGUCCAGAGGCGCCAAAAAGCUGCCGGCGCCGCCUCCUCCUCCUCCUCCGCCGCCGCAGACGCUCCCCCAGCACCAGGCGGCGAAGACGAGGCCUCGCUGCCACCGACGGCGGCUCCACGUCAACUUCAAGGAGAUGGGCUGGGACGACUGGAUCAUCGCGCCGCUCGAGUACGACGCCUUCCACUGCGACGGCGCCUGCGACUUCCCCAUCCGCUCGCACCUGGAGCCCACCAACCACGCCAUCAUCCAGACGCUCAUCAACUCCAUGGACCCCGAGUCGACGCCGCCCACCUGCUGCGUGCCGACGCGCCUCAGCCCCAUCAGCAUCCUGUACAUCGACUCGGCCAACAACGUGGUGUACAAGCAGUACGAGGACAUGGUGGUGGAGUCGUGCGGCUGCAGGUAGCAGCGAGAGACGCGGCGGUUUGUCGACGUCUGAAAGCGGAACUGCUUUAACUGGACUGGAGCGGACUAUGGGGCUGCAUACCAGCGCCGGCGGAGACUAAACAGAGGACGGUGGAGCUGUGCAGCAUCUCUGGAGCUGACGUGUGGCGUCGACGUUCAGGCAGACAGAUAACAGAGACGCUAUCUGCUAGAAAAAGAUGUAAAAAGUUGAAACAUUACGUGAAUUAUACUCAAAAAUGCCCUUUUUUCCAGCACUUAUCUGAUGGACUCGUGUGUAUCCUUUUUAUAAAGCAUGUGAAGAAUGUCUGAUGUAUAAAUACGGGCCGGUGAUGAAGUGCUGAUCUGACCUGCUCCAAAUGUGGGAAAGUUGAAUAAACUAGUCUUCAAUAAAAAAUGCCUAAUUGACU